AUGGCAGGCCCUCGGAAAGGCGGCAAGGAUGCCAAGAAGGGCAUUAAUCUUCCCGGCGUGAUGCUGGACGAGCUGCGUGAUCUCGGCUUGUCUUCGGAUCGACCCCAGAGUGGCGGCAACAAACGCAAGGGCGGAGGUUCGCGAAAAGAGCAGCGAAAACAGGAGCGGCAGCUCAAGAAGCAAAAGGUGCACGAGAACAGGAAGACGUGGGAGGAGGAGCGCAGGGCUGAGUUGCGGGAGCGGGAGAAGGCCGGGUUGAAGGAGAAGCCUAUGAAGAAGGAGAAGAAGAAGGAGAAGCCUGUGAAGAAGGAGAGGGUUGAUAAGAGGGCUGUCAAGGAGCGAGUGGACACGAAGGUUGACGUUGACAACAAGUUUAAGGCCAAGGCCGACGACUCUUCUUUUCCCAAGCCGAAGAAAGGUCUUCUGCGACGUCCCACCACGCCGUCUAGUGGCAGAUCAGUCACGUUUGCAGCCAAGGAUCGGAUCCGGGAGUUUGGGCAUUCAUUGGACGGUGAGGAGGGCCACGAGUACGAGCAGGAUCCCGAGGAGCGGGCACAGAUCAAGAAGAACACGUACUGGUUCGAGGACGACGAGGAAGACACCGAGGAGGAUGAGCCCGACGCCUCGGAGAUCAACCAGCGGGUCGGGGACGUCAUGGAGGAGUAUAUGGGUAGAGAGGGUGAUUUGGACCGGUUUAUGAGUGACUUGAGAGAGAAGCAACAGCGAGAUAUGACUGGUAGCGACGAGGAUGACGACUCUGGUGAUACCAUGAGUCUAGGCGGUUCUGAGGACCAGGACGAGGAUAACAGUAAUCAGACCAAGAUGAGCCUGAGACGACUCAACUCUGGAAGCGGAACUGCCAAUGGGGGAUUGACAGCUCUUCGAAAACGGGGUCCUUUGGUCAAUGAAGACAUUCCUGGAGUCACUAGAGCGUCCAAGAGCUUUUCUUUCUCUGAAGACUACGGUUCUGACAAUGCAGAUACCGAUGAAGAUGAGGAGCUGGAUGAUAGCAUGUCUGCAGCAGACACCAUGGCUCUAUUGGCCCAAAAGAAGGCUGGUAAGAAGACUGAGAAGCAGCUCGACGACUCCUUGUCUGUGGCAGACACCAUGGCUCUACUCAAGGCCAAGAAGGGCAAGAGAAGUAUUGAGGAGGUCGACUCUGAGGACGACUCUGGAGAUAACUCUGGUGACGACUCUGGUGACGACUCUGGGGAUGACUCUGAGGACUCCUUGGAUGGAAUUCCUCCUGACGACGAGCUUGAGUCGGACGACUUUGACAGUGAUAUCGAUGAGGAGGACAUGGUUGAUUAUCACGACUUAUCUGAAGAGGAGGAGGACGACGACGACGAGCAAUUGGAUGAUUCCAUGUCUGUUUCCGAUACCAUGGCUCUUUUGAAGGCCAAGAAGGAGGUUAAGAAGGCCAAGAAGGCUGUGGAGGAGUCUGAUGAAGAGGUGGAUGAUACAAUGUCUGUGGCCGACACCAUGGCGUUGCUCAAAGCCAAGAAGGCUGGUAAGGACAAGAAGGACAAGAAGGACAAGGACAAGAAGGACAAGAAGGAAAAGUCCAAAUCCAAGCCGGUGUACUCCGAUCUCGACUCCGCGCUCAUGCGAAAGGAUGAGGAGGAAAUGAACUACUACGCCAAGAAGCUCGGAUUCAAGGACGCCAAGAGUGCCAAUUUCGGCUCCGACGACGAGCUCGACGGCAUUCUGGACGGUCUGGAUGUUGAUUUCGGGUUCGACAGUGAAGAAGAGUCCGAUCAUGUGCCAGAAUUGGUUGACGACAAGAAGCAGAAGAAGAAAAAGGAGAAAAAGGCAGCCAAGACGGUGAACAACGAUCUUCCCUGGUCCGAAGAUGAGGUUGACUCGGAUGACUUUGAUACAGAUUCUGAAGACGAUUCGAAGCCCAAGGUCAAAGAGAACCCCUAUGUUGCUCCUGUGGCUGCCAACGCAGAUUCCAGUCAAGCGGCGGCCAAAUACGUGCCCCCUUCUCUGCGAAAGAAACUGGCGCUGGAAGUUGAUCCCGAAACCAAGGAGAUGGUUCUGAUUCGUCGAAAAAUCAAGGGCUCGCUCAAUAAGCUGUCGGAAAGCAACAUUGGCAGCAUCAUCAACGAGAUUCUGCGUGUGUUUGACGAUAAUCCUCGUCUGCUGGUGACCACUGUUGUCACCGAAUGUCUACUUGAAAGCACUGCCUCUGAAGCGGUGCUUUUGGAGACUUUUCUUCUGCUGCACGCAGUCAUCGCCACCAUUCUGUACCGGCAGGUGGGAAUCUCGUUUGGUGCCUACUUUGUGCAGUCUCUGGUUGAAAAGUUCUUCACCAACUACUCUGCCGGCACCCAUAAGGCCUGCUCUAACCUGUUGGCGUUCCUCACCGAAAUCUACUACUUCCAGAUGGUUUCGUGUCGGCUUGUCUACGAUCUGAUUCGAAAGUUUCUGGCCGACCCAAACGAGCGAAACACCGAGUAUCUGCUGAAGAUUGUGCGGUUUGCGGGCUCCCAGCUGCGUUCCGACGACCCCAGCGCCCUCAAGACCAUCAUCAACGACCUCCAGGCCUCUCUGGCCAAGACUGAGACCAAUGCUCGAACCAAGUUCCUUGUGGAGUCUGUGGCGGCGCUGAAAAACAACCGACAGUCGCAGCACGGCAUUUCCCAGGGCUACACCGAGACCAAGAUGCGGCUCAAGAAGUUCAUUGGCACCUUCAGCUCUUACACUGUCAACGAGCCCAUCUCCGUGUCUCUCGAAGAUAUCGAGAACGUGGAGACUCGGGGCAAAUGGUGGUUAGUGGGUGCUGCAUUCAAGAACCAGGACCAGAACGAGUCCCAGACACACCGGGGCGACGACGACCUCGAUCUGACCACCGUUCAUGACGUUCUCGACGCCGCAGAGCCCAAUUGGCUCGAUCUGGCCCGAGAACAACGUAUGAACACGGACAUUCGACGGGCUGUUUUUGUGGCCAUCAUGGGCGCCGAGGACUACCUCAAUGCUCUUGAGAGGGUGUCCAAGCUGCGUCUUAAGCGUGUUCAGGAGCGUGAAAUCCCCCGGGUGCUCAUUCACUGUUGUUCGAACGAGUCCGUGUACAACCCGUUCUACGCUCUUUUGGCCGUCAAGCUGGCGGAGCGGCAUUCGCUCAAAAUGACCUUCCAGUUCACCCUGUGGGACUUUUUCCGCGAGCUGGACGGCGACGACGACGACGAUUCCGACGACGACUCUGACCGAGAAGAGUCUGUCAAGGUGCUCGAGGGCUCGGACAGCAAGGAGCUGCUACGAAAGACCAUGAAUCUGGCGCGAAUGUUUGCCCAGAUGACCGCCGAGGGCACCGUGGGCCUCAACAUUUUCAAAAACGUCAACUUUCUGACCGCCUCGGAAAACAUGAAGAUUUUCCUGGAAAUGUACUUUGUGGCACUGUUUGGCAUGCUGGGCAAACGAGCGGAGGAGGGCAAUGGCAAGUCACGGGACCAGAAACAGCUCGUCAAGCUGCUACUCAAGCUCAAAGACAACGCCUUGUUACUGAGAGGUAUCCAGUACUUUGUCUCGGAGAUUGUGGUCCACAGCGACCUCAUUGUCAAAAAGCGAGAGCGACAGAGAGUUUUGUGGGGCCGAGACGUGACCACCGACAUUGUCGACGAGCUGACCAAGGCCACAUAG